CUUCAGCGUUGCUCAGCAGACUCUUUAACGCACUGCUCGCCACCUAAAAUCUCUCCUCAUACUCCUCUAAUACCUCUACUCGCAACACCUACCAUGGCACCAAAGAAAGUCGCUGGCGAGGGCUCCAAGAAAGCAGCUGGUCAGGCCCGCAAGGCAGAGGCCGCCCAAGCAAAGCAAGCUGCAAAGGACAACCAGAAGGCCGCCGAAGAGGACAAGGAGUGGAGCAAGGGCUCAAAGUCAAACUCGAAGGCUGAAGCAGCUGCAGCUAAAGCCGCCGAAGCCGCCCGGAAGAAGGCGGAGAAGGAUGCCCUGCUGAAAGAGGAGGAAGCCUCUCUACCAAAAGCCAAAACCGGCAAUGCCAAAACCGCGCAGAAGAAGUCAAAAGGCAUCGACUCUGCACUGGGUUCUUUCGACAAACCCUCAUCACUCAACGCGACUGGUAUCGAAAACGCUUUGGAUGCGCUUGACAUAGCGGCCGACGCCAACGACAAGGUGGACAGGCAUCCAGAGAGGCGGUUCAAGGCGGCCUAUACGGUGUUUGAGGAGAGGAGAAUGGAGGAGAUGAAGGACGAGAAGGGCCUGCGACGAAACCAGAAGAUUGAUCAGAUUAGGAAGGAGUUUGAGAAACACCCUGAUAAUCCGUUCAAUCAAGUGGCUGGCAAGUUCAACUCGACAAGAGAAGAGCUGGCGGAGAUUAGGGAGCAGGAGAAGGGCAAAAAGGAGUCGAGGCUUGCGAGCCCGACUGGAUGAGAAGCUGUAUGAAUAUGCAUAGCUAUAUGAUGAGUAAUGAGGUCCCGAAUACUUGACGAAGUGCUCGUUGAGUGGGGAGAACAGUGGUUCAUUGUUUAUGGCCUAUUGCGUUAGGAAUCGAAUAGUCGCUAUUGGUGCUCUUGUCAGUAUUAGAUGGCUUCUGAACAUUCAAGAUCGAGAAACAAGUAAAAUCCUUUGGGUCCAGUGAGAAUUCAAUAGAGAAUGUCUUUAUCGUAAAGCGAACGGAUGUAAUACUUUGAGAUGUG